AUGAAGCAAGAAGUAGCCGACUUCAUGGCAAAAUGUUUAACCUGCCAGAAGGUGAAAAUACAGCAUAUGAAGCCUGGAGGAAAAUUUCAAGCGUUGGAAGUGCCAGGAUGGAAAUGGGAAUAUGGAUUUCAUCAUGGGAUUACCGAAUACGAGAUCUGGAAAGAAUGCAAUAUGGGUAAUCGUAGAUCCACAGCUUUCCACCCAGCAACAGAUGGUCAAACAGAGAGAACCAUUCAGACCUUGGAGGAUAUGUUGAGGGCAUGCGUGAUGGAUUUCGGAGGAUAUUGUGAUGAUCAUUUGAUGUACAUUGAGUUCUCAUACAACAACAGUUUUCACUCGAGCAUAGGAAUGGCACCUUAUGAGGCAUUGACCGGAAAUGAUAGAAGAGAAUACCAACAAGGUGAAGUUGAUUCAAGAGCGCAUGAAAGCAGUCAGGAUCGACAAAAAUCGUAUGCCGAUCAAAGGAGACGAGAUUUGGAGUUUGUAGUUGGAGAGAAAGUGUUGCUGAAAGUUUCACCAACCAAGGGAGUAAUGAGGUUCGGUAGGAAAGGAAAGCUAAGUCCUCGUUAUGUUGGACCUUAUGAAGUAUUGGAAAGAAUUGGACAAGUGGCUUAUAGUUUAGCCUUACCUACAGAAUUAGCCAAGGUUCAUAAUGUUUUUCAUGUGUCUCAACUUCGUAAAUACAUUUCUGACCCCUCCCAUGUUAUCCAACCUGAACCCAUUGAACUAGAUGAGACCCUCACUUUUGAAGAACGUCCUGUUAGAAUCCUUGAUUCCAAAACGAGAAACACCCGAAACAAGGCAAUAAAGUUAGUCAAAGUUUUAUGGUCUAAUCAUCAAACCGAGGAAGCAACAUGGGAAACAGAAAACGACAUGAAAAAACGUUAUCCUGAACUCUUUUCUGAGUAUGUUUCUCCUGUUAUUUCUGAUGAAUGUAAUAGUGCUCUGUCACGUCCCUAUACCAAAGAUGAGAUUUAUGCAGCCUUGUCACAGAUGCAUCCAUGUAAAGCUCCUGGCCCAGAUGGAAUGCAUGCGAUCUUUUAUCAGAGAUUCUGGCACAUUAUUGGAGAUGAGGUCUCUGAUUACGUUUGUAAUAUUCUUCAUGGUCAUCAUUUUCCUGCUGACUUGAACCGGACCAAUAUAGCCCUUAUUCCGAAAGUGAAGGACCCAAAAGUUGCUGCUGAGUUUAGACCUAUUGCUCUCUGUAAUGUGCUAUACAAGCUUAUUUCAAAGGCUAUUGUAUUAAGAUUAAAAGAUUUCCUCCCUGCCAUUGUCACUGAGAAUCAAAGUGCCUUUGUUCCGGGGCGUCUGAUCACGGAUAAUGCGCUUAUUGCUAUGGAAGUCUUUCACUCUAUGAAGCACAGGAAUCGAAGCAGAAGGGGUACUAUUGCAAUGAAACUGGAUAUGAGUAAAGCCUACGAUAGAGUUGAGUGGGGUUUCCUCAGGAAGAUGCUGCUGACUAUGGGUUUUGACGGAAGGUGGGUGAAUUUGAUCAUGUGCUGUGUCUCGUCGGUUUCCUACUCCUUCAUCAUCAAUGGAGGUGUUCGUGGGUCUGUUGUUCCUGAGAGAGGUCUCCGCCAAGGUGAUCCCCUGUCUCCUUAUCUUUUCAUCUUGGUUGCUGAUGUUUUUUCUAAGAUGAUACAGAGGAAAACUCAGGAGAAGCUGAUUCAUGGUGCCAAAGCCAGCCGGAGCGGUCCGGAAAUCUUUCAUCUUCUUUUUGCUGAUGAUAGUUUACUGUUUACUAGAGCCACCCGACAGGAAUGCUUCGAAAUAGUUGAUACUCUCAACAGAUAUGAACUGGCAUCCGGGCAGAAAAUUAAUUAUGAAAAAUCGGAGGUCUCUUUCAGUAAAGGGGUAAGCAUUGCGCAAAAAGUGGAGCUGAUGGGAAUUCUUAAGAUGAGGCAGGUGGAAAAACAUGAGAAGUACCUUGGUAUCCCCUCUAUUACAGGAAGAUCAAAGAAGCUGAUGUUUGACUCUCUCCUGGAUAGAAUUUGGAAGAAACUCCAAGGGUGGAAAGAGAAGUUACUUUCGAGAGCUGGGAAAGAGGUGUUACUUAAAGCUGUUAUCCAAGCGGUCCCUACUUACCUUAUGGGAGUUUAUAAAAUUCCCGCUACGAUCAUCCAGAAAAUUCAAGCAGCUAUGGCCCGCUUUUGGUGGGGAAGUUCAGAUGCAAAACGAAAGAUUCAUUGGAAAAAUUGGGAGGCGAUGUGUACUUUAAAAUGUCUUGGAGGUAUGGGAUUUAAAGAUCUGACAGUGUUUAAUGAUGCCCUCCUUGGGAGACAGGCUUGGAGACUAAUCAAUGCUCCUCACUCUCUACUUGGGCGUGUUAUGAAGGCCAAAUAUUACCCAUCUUGCGAUUUUAUUGAUGCAUCACUUGGCUACUCUAAUAGCUACUCUUGGAGAAGUAUAUGGAGUGCAAAAGCUUUGGUGAAAGAAGGCUUGGUGUGGAGAGUAGGCGAUGGAGAGAACAUUAAUAUUUGGGAGGCUCCUUGGUUAGCGGACGAGAAUAGCAGGCACAUUACAUCACCGCGUAGGAAUGAUCUUAUGGUGGUCAGUCAACUAAUUGAUCCGCACACAAAGGAAUGGCGCUAUGAUGUUAUUGAUGAGUAUUUUAACGAGAGAGAUCGGAAGUGUAUUCUGGCUAUACCUCUAAACCCGGAUUUCCCUAAUGAUGAGUUAACUUGGGCUUUAACAAAGGAUGGACGGUAUUCGGUUAAAACGGCCUAUAUGCUUGGCAAAGGGUGCAAUCUAGAUAACUUUCACACUGCUUGGGUUGAAUUAUGGAAACUUGAGGUGAGUCCCAAAGUACGUCAUUUUCUGUGGAAACUUUGUACUAACACCUUGCCUACUCGAGCACUGUUGGCUCAUCGCCACCUGAUUGCAGCGGCGGAUUGUCCCUGGGGUUGCGGCGAAAAUGAAACAGCAGCCCACGCCAUCUUUCAUUGCUCACGCUUUGAUGAAAUCUGGACGGAUAGUGGUUGCGAAAGUCUGCGUGAUAAUAGUGGUUGUGAUUCAAUGUGUGAUUUGGUGGAGAAGUGGAAACAACUGGAUUCGAAGGUAAGGGUGAAGGGGGCAUUUUUAAUGUGGUGCAUUUGGGGUGAUAGAAAUAACAAGAUUUUUAAUGGUAAGAGUACUCCAAAUCGGGUCUUGCUAAACCGCACUGAAAGAUUAGUAGAGGAGGCUAGCAAGUAUUCAAUGGCCAUUUACCAGCGGCAGCCUUUGGUAUCUCGUAGUUCUCGAAUUUGGAGGCCUCCACCUCCGGAUUGCUGGAAAAUCAAUGUUGAUGCCUCGCUGGAAGUUGAAGGUUGGGUGGGACUCGGUGUUAUUGCUCGAAACCAGCUGGGCGAGGUACGAUUUGCUGCGUCUCGACGGGUUCGGGCUUUCUGGACUCCAGAAAUCGCUGAAGCAAAAGCCAUCGAAAUGGGGGUGCGCAUGGGUCGAAGGUUUGGUCUUGCGAAUGUGGUGGUGGAAUCGGAUUGCCUUCAUGUUAUCACCAGGCUUCAAAAGACUUCCUUCUAUCUGUCUGAUUUGGAUAAUGUCUUGUCUUCUAUUUUCUCUUCUAGCUCUCAUUUUCUUUCCUUAGUCUGGUCUCAUGUUAAGAGAGAUGGCAACUUUGUAGCCCAUCAUUUAGCUAAGCUAGUCCCUUUUGGGGUUGAACAAAUCUGGGAGAACCAUGCUCCUCGUGAGGUGGCUCCCUAUCUUCUAAUGGACAAUUUGUCCCGUGAUUAA